AUGGCCAAUGAUGACGAAAACACGAAAAAGUCUUCCGGCAAUGGGAAGACCGAUGACAAAAUCAUCAACCCAAGUUCUCCUUAUUACAUACACCCGUCUGAUUUGCCAAGACAGGUACAAGUCAAUGAGCUGCUCAAUGACAACAAUUACAAUGAUUGGAUUCAAGAGAUGACGAAUUUCUUGUUUUCCAAAAACAAGAUCAAUUUCGUGGAUGGGUCUGUACCUAAACCUGAGAAGACAGGAGACAUGUACAUGCCUUGGAUGCGUUGUGAUGCGAUGAUAAAAGGAUGGCUAACAACUGCCAUGGAGAAGGAGAUACGGGGUAGCGUCAAAUACGCGAACACUGCCGCAGAAAUAUGGAAAGAUUUGCAAGAAAGGUUCGAGAAAGAAAGCGCUUCGCGUGCUUACGAAUUGAAACAGUCUCUUACAAUCACUCGUCAGGAAGGCAGCUCUGUUUCCGCGUAUUACACAAAACUCCAGGGUCUUUGGGAUGAAAUACAUACCGUUUUACCUACACCACGCUGCACUUGUAGUAAUUGUUCAUGUGAAAUCGGGAAACGACUAUCAGAACUUAAAGAAAAGGAAUGUUUAUAUGAGUUUCUCAUGGGUUUAGAUGCUGAAUUCUCAACCAUAAGGACACAACGUUUUUCGAUGAAACAAAACCCGAAGCUGGGAGAAGCAUACCGGAUGGCCUCGGAAGACGAACAACAGAGAAGCAUUAUGGCUGGAAACAGGGUUCAAAUCGAGAGUGCAGUUUUUCAAGCAAAUUACCGUGGAGGGUUUGAAACGCAACAAAAGAAGAAAGAAAUCAAACGGUCCGGAAAUAACGAAGAUAGUUAUUGUACCUUUUGCAAACGUGAAGGGCACAAACGAGAAGGCUGUUUUAAGCUCGUGGGAUAUCUGGAACGGUGGCCCGGCAAGAAGAAUGAAAAGACAAAAUCAAAGGCGGCUUGCGUUGACAACAAUCCGAAAGAUAUCAAGACCGUGGCGGGCUUAACUGAUGAGCAAUACGAGACCCUUUUGAAGCACUUCAGUGAAGCAGGAGACAAAGGCGCAGGUGAACAUAUUCGUAAAGCUAACAUGGCCGGUAAGGUUAUUGCAUCAUCAUCCAAAUCUGACGAUUGUAUUGUUGAUUCAGGAUCAACCGAUUAUGUUGUUUAUGAAAAGAAUCAUCUUGAAAAUAUUGUUAAAAAAAUCAAGAAUCACCGGUUAUUAUUCCAAAUGGAGAUAAUGUACCGGUUCAGGCGAAUGGAGAACGCACGCUUAUUGGAGGAGCAAAAAUUAAAAACGUCUUACAUAUUCCAAAUUUUAAUUGCAAUUUGCUUUCGGUUAGCCGAUUGA